CCCUUUGCCCGAGGAACCUCGGAGGCUCCCGGACUUCUGAUGGAAGGGCUUGGAGGGACCCCCUGAGUCCAGAGAGUUUCGGAGGCAGCAAUAAAAGACACCCUUGAGGCCUUCUCUGCCAUCUCCUCCAUGUGGUGAAGGGAAAAGAGCCGCCAUGCAGCCAGCUAAGGGUGGGUUGUCCUUUGAAGAAGUGGCUGUGUAUUUCUCCAAGGGGGAGUGGGCCCUGCUGCGCCCAGCCCAGAGAGCUCUCUACAAGGAAGUCAUGCUGGAGAAUUUUGGGAAAGUGGCCUCUCUGGGGCCUCAGAUUGCCAAACCUGACCUCAUAUCCUGGCUGGAGGAAGAGGAAGAGCUGUUUCUCCUGUUCUCUGACGAACUGGAGGGAUUUAUAGGAGGUGAGUGCAAGUCAGCAAAUAAAAGAAAAGAAGAUAUGUAUCUGCAGCAGAAAGAGAACACAGAAGAUUGCAAUGCAGUGAGGAAGGAAGAGGAAAAAUACUCACCAAGGACUAGUUCCAGUCUUUUACAAGGUGAUAUCUCUCAUGAAAUGCCACUAAUUCAAAAACUGUACAGAGGUGGCUAUUGGAACGAGAGCACUGUAAAUGAGGAAUAUUUUCCUGAAAAACCAAACAUUGAUGUUCAUUGGAACAAGUAUACCAGGACAAGAGUAAGGGAAUCACUGGAGUGUGAAAAAGCCAUUGAUCAGACAAACAAUCUUAAUUCUCAUCAAAGAAUUCACACAGGGGAGAAAAUGUACAAAUGCCUGGAGUGUGGAAAAUGCUUUACUGUGAAAGGGUCCCUUACUUCCCAUCAAAGAAUUCAUACAGGGGAGAAACCAUACAAAUGCCUGGAGUGUGGAAAAUGUUUUACUGUGAAAGGGUCCCUUACUUCCCAUCAAAGAAUUCAUACAGGGGAGAAACCAUACAAAUGCCUGGAGUGUGGAAAAAGCUUUGGUGUGAGAAGACACCUUUUUUACCAUCAAAGAAAUCACACUGGGGAGAAACCGUACAAAUGCCUGGAAUGUGGAAAAGGAUUCAGUCAGAAAGGAACCUUUACUUCCCAUCAAAGAAUUCAUACAGGGGAGAAACCGUACAAAUGCCUGGAGUGUGGAAAAUGCUUUACUGUGAAAGGGUCCCUGAAAGCCCAUCAAAUAAUUCAUACAGGGGAGAAACCGUACAAAUGCCUGGAGUGUGGAAAAAGCUUCAGUGUGAAAGGACACCUUUUUUCCCAUCAAAGUAAUCACACUGGGGAGAAACCGUACAAAUGCCUGGAAUGUGGGAAAGGAUUCAGUCAGAGGCGACACCUUACUAUCCAUCAAAGAAUUCAUACAGGGGAGAACCUGUACAAAUGCCUGGAGUGUGGAAAAUGCUUUCCUGAGAAAUGGUCCUUUAAUUCUCAUAAAAGAAUUCACACAGGGGAGAAACCGUACAGAUGCCUGGAGUGUGGAAAAUGCUUUACUGUGAAAGGGUCCCUUACUUCCCACCAAAGAAUUCAUACAGGAGAGAACCCAUACAAAUGCCUGGAGUGUGGAAAAUGCUUUACUGUUAAAUGGUCCCUUACUACCCAUCAAAGAAUUCACACAGGGGAGAAACCAUACAAAUGCCUGGAGUGUGGAAAAUGCUUUACUGUGAAAGGGUCCCUUACUUGCCAUCAAAGAAUUCAUACAAGGGAGAAACCAUAAAAAUGCUUGGAGUGUGGAAAAUGCUUUACUGUGAAAGGGUCCCUUAAUUCCCAUCAAAUAAUUUGUACAGGGGAGAACCUGUACAAAUGCCUGGAGUGUGGAAAAAACUCCAGUCUGAGAGGACACCUUUCUUCCCAUCAAAAGAAUCACACUGGGCAGAAAUCGUACAAAUGCCUGGAAUGUGGGAAAUGCUUCAGUAAGAAAGAAAACCUUUCUUCCCAUCAAAGAAUUCACGAUGGGGAGAAACUGCACAAAUGCCUAGAGUGUGGAAAAAGUUUCAGACACAGUGGAGACUGCCUGAAGAUGUUGAUAUUCUUCCUAGGACAUAUACAGACCAUAACCCUUUGCUGUUGAAAAUAACCGAUAUAUCAAAGAAAUUCACAUGGAGGUUGAAUGUUCAGUUGUUGAAUAAUAGACAAUUUUUGCAAGAUGUAAAGUAAGAAAUGAAACCUUAUUUUUCAACAAAAUAUAAACUCUGAAACACAUAACGAGAAUUGUUUGGGAUGCGAGUAAAACUUAUUUUAGAGGACUGGUGAUAAGAUUUGUGGCUAAACAGAGAUAAGAGACGAGACAAUGCUAUCAAGAGAGAAUGGAUGCUUUGGAGAAAAUGAGAAAGGCUUGAAAAUGGACCCUUGAAACGCAAGUCUAAAAUGUAAUAUUAAAAUUUUUCAAAACCAAAUUAAUUUAUUAUCAUUGGAAGAAAUCACUAAAAAUGUUAAAUUUGCUAAACAAAAAUUAUUUUGAAGAUGCAAAUAAAUCAGGGUGGUGGCUAGCUUAUAAACUUAGAAAGGAAAGAGAAAAGAGACUGGUUCAUGCCCUAUAUGAUGAUGCAAAGAGAGAAGACUCAAAAUGAAGAACUAAAGAAAAUGGUGGAAUCCUUCCACAAACAAUUAUAUGGGAAUAUGAAAAUAUCAAGGGAAGAUCAAAAACCGUAUUUACAAAAGCAAGAUCUCCCCAAGCUAUCCCAGAAAAGUAAGAGAUGUCUUAAUGACCCUGUAAUGAUUUGAAGUCAAUGGGUGCAUGUGUCUUUAAAUGCCUGGUUUGAGCUAGGUGAAGAGUGGGGGCGAGAGAGGGAAGAGUGAGUGAUAUGAUUGGUUGAGGACUGAGAGUGUGGGCGGAGUGAAGGCAGUUUAGACUGGGAGUGAAGAGAGAAAAGCUUCAGUCAGAAGAAGGCAGGCUAGCUGCGUGCUGCCUGAAUAUGUUGAAGUGUUUUAUGAGAUAAAUAUAACCUGUGUGGAACCUGAACUGAGCAUGUUUGUGAAAGGACACUCAGUCAGGGAAAGAGAGGCCAGCUGUGUGCUGCCUGAGCAGGUUCAAUAUUUCUGUGAAUAAGAGUCAGAGAGGCUGGCUGUGUGCUGCCUGAGGAGUUUUAAGCAUUUCCGUGAGAGAAAUAUUGAGUUAGAGAAAGAGGCUAACUGUGUUUGAAGCCUUGGAAGAGAUCUGUGCGAAUGAGAGUAAAUGAAGUAACUUUAAGAACCGAGAACUACUUUUAUGAAACUGAUAUGCUUCUUAACUAAAUAAAAGUUUAUUUUUGUUUUGUUAUA